AUGCCCGACCCCAUUCCCGGCGCUAUAGCGAGUGAGCACGGCUCGGCCGCUCACCUUGGCGCUGCAACGAUGGCGCGGGGCGGCAAUGCGGUCGACUGUGCAAUCACCACAACACUGGCAGUGCACCUCUUCUGUCCUUACCACAGUUGCGUCGGCGGGAGCGGCUUUGCGCUCGUGCGUCAGCCUUCCUCGAGCGGCUCGGAGUACAGCUACGUCGACUUCCGCGGCACAGCACCGAAGGCAAUCACGCAAGAGUACAUCCAGGACAAGGACACGAUGGUGGGCGGCAACAGCGUCAUUGUGCCCGGCGAGAUCAAGGGCCUCAAGGCUCUCCACGAGCGCUUCGGGAAACUUGCUUGGAAGGAGUGCAUUGCGCCUGUCGUGCGGCUGGCUAGGGAAGGUAUCCCAAUGGGCAAGGACUUGUAUGACGUGAGUACUCCUAUCAUGCUCGGAUCUUGGGUCGAUUUGGAAGACAACCAUCCUUAUUCUCGUCAAGGAGACGGACAGCGACGAGUGCGUAGAGAACACUGGUCUCAGGCGGCCAGCUGCGCAGGGACAGAUCCGCAUAUCCGCAAACAUGACAACACCGGCACACGAGCCCCUCGUGCCCCUUGCGCUCUGAUGUCUUCCCUGCAAGGCGGUCCUGUACCAAGCGCGUUUGUCGUCGUAAACGUGCAUGACGAGAAUGCCUUAGCGGACCUAUGGUCACGGAAGAUGGUUGCUGCAAGAGCCCCUGCUGUCGCGACCAAGCAGUCGCGCCCUGACCCUACUCAAUAUGCUCAGAACCACCCUACUAGCACCGCUAGUGUUUGA